AUGAUGGAUGAUCAAAAAAUAUAUGAGCAAGUUAACAUAUAUUUCUCAGGUAAACAACUCCGUAAAUUACGUUUACUAGCCGGUGGUAAUACUAUAACCAUUCAAGAUGCACUGACUGCUUACAUUAUUUUAAAACUCAAUACUCAUUGUUAUCUGAAUGAUGAUUCACGCCAUAUUCUACAUACAAAUACAUUCGUCAAUAUUCGAGAUGUCUCAGAUUCAAUUGCUCCGGUUGGUCUUGUUGCCAGCGGUAUCUUCAUUAUGUUGUCAGAUGACUUCGAUGAUUCAUUGUCAUUCUCGAAUAUUACAAAGACUAUUCGUCGAUCUAUUGUUCGAUCACGUAAUUCAAAAUUUCUCAAGUCAUGUCUGGCAACUGCCGAUGAAUUAAUGAGACGUAUGGUACGCGAUAAACAAUUAGCCAAUAUGGUUUUUUUUUCUAAUGAUAUCUUUGUCAAUUCGAAUUGUACAUACGAUUGGGCAAAUCUUGUCGAUUUUGUUUAUACCGAUAAAUGUCGUUUUUAUACGGGAUGUACAGGUAGAUUGUAUCUACGUGUAUUUCGUCUCAAUCCAGUUCAUGACGGUACUCAAUAG